UCAGUACUGAGCAAGUCAGAAGUCUCAUUCGCUUUGACUUUCUACAGCGUAUCUAAACUGCUGCAAAUAGUGAGUGAUCAUGCAAGGUUCACCCCGGAGGCGCUUGGCAGUGAAUAUUUUUAGCAACUUUUUUCAGGGUCGGAGACAUUCUUCUUCCGAUCCUCUUCUCCGCAUACUUCAGAGGCGACGGAGCUCAGUUGUAGAGGUCCUCUCAACUUCCACACACAGGGUUAUGGUGGCCAUUUCCUCUGUAAGCCCUGAGGAUCUAAAUACUGCUUUCUAUGAGAGAAAAAGAAGGUCUAGGCGCCCAACUGCAAAGUAUACAAAAGUUGGAGAACGCCUUCGCCAUGUCAUUCCUGGUCCCAUGCAAUGUUCCAUGGCAUGUGGAGGCCGUGCUUGCAAAUAUGAAAAUCCAGCUCGGUGGAGUGACCAAGAACAGGCAAUUAAAGGGCUUUACUCUUCCUGGAUUACAGAUAACAUAUUAGCCAUGUCUCGACCCUCAACAGAAGUCAUUGAAAAGUAUAAUAUUAUUGAGCAGUUUCAAAGAUGUGGCAUAAAAACAGUAAUUAACCUUCAGCGGCCUGGGGAACAUGCUAGCUGUGGGAAUCCACUGGAACAAGAGAGUGGUUUCACCUACCUUCCUGAGGCUUUCAUGGAGGCGGGAAUUUAUUUUUAUAACUUUGGAUGGAAGGAUUAUGGUGUGGCUUCUCUCACUACUAUCCUCGAUAUGGUAAAAGUCAUGACUUUUGCCUUACAGGAAGGGAGAGUAGCUAUUCAUUGUCACGCAGGACUUGGCAGAACAGGUGUUUUAAUAGCUUGUUAUUUGGUUUUUGCAACACGAAUGACUGCAGAUCAAGCAAUCCUUUUUGUCAGAGCAAAAAGACCUAAUUCUAUUCAAACUAGAGGGCAGUUGUUAUGUGUAAGGGAGUUCUCUCAGUUCUUAAUUCCAUUAAGGAAUGUUUUUGCAUCUUGUGAGCCCAAAGCACACACAGUGACUCUUUCUCAAUACUUGAUUCGGCAGCGGCACUUACUCCAUGGUUAUGAAAGCAGACAUCUCAAGCAUGUGCCAAAGCUUAUUCAUCUAGUUUGCAAACUGCUCUUAGAUUUGGCUGAAAACCGGCAGGUGAUAGAGCAGGAAGUAGUAGAUAUACCAGACCUCUCAACUGAAAUUGAGGAGACUGUUUCUCAGUUGGCUUCUGCACGGCUUGAUAAAGAGUUAACAAGGCAAGACAGCAGUAGUUCGGAGCCAUUUUCUGUCUUGAGGUCAAACCCUCUUCAUGCCAGUGAACAUGAAUGUGACCCUCUUUGGCAUAGGGAAAAUGUUGAUUAUCUUCAGCCACUCAGUCGUUCAAAAAGACGCCUAAGCUAUAGCGACUCAGAUCUAAGAAGAGCUGUAUUUGUCUCUGAGCAAGGAGAGACACCAUGGUCGAUGGCUGUGCAAGUGCCACUCUGCCCCAAAGCAAACAUACCAAGUAAUGUGGACAAUUCUCAUCUUCACACACUACCUGAGUUAAACCAAGAAGUGUUAAUUCGUAGCACUUUUAAUUUCAUAGGUCGGGAUAAACUUAAGUCGGAUAUAAAAGACUCAACUGGGUAUAAAAGCAGAUUUCCCAAAGAAGUAAAGCGUAGUCAAACCUUUUCUUCAGGCCUUGCAUAUGAUCGGAAGGAAGAAAAAGAAGAGGAGGAAGACGAGGAGGAACUAAAAGCACUGAAUUAUAAUUGCAGUGGAAAAAGUAGUCUUUUUGGUAAAAGAAUGUGGUCUUCUGAUGACUCAGACUCCUCUAGAGCUGAGCAUGAUUUUCAUGAUAUUAGAGACAUCUCAGAAAUCCCCCAUAUUGUGGUGCAGUCAGAAUUAACUCUGGAGGCACGGCGAAUCUUGGCAGCGAAAGCCCUUGCAGAUCUAAAUGAAUUUCUGGAAGCUGAAGAAGUGAAGCAGAAAGUGGAAAUAUGGCAGAAAGAACUGAAUUCUCAGAAUGGAGCCUGGGAUAAGAUAUGUACUGAGAGAGAUCCAUUUAUCCUUAGUAGUUUGAUGUGGUCCUGGAUAGAGCAACUUAAAGAGCCUCUCUUAAGCAAAACUGAUAUUGAUAUAUUAGCAAAAAAUAACACAAAUUCCCAAGAAGCUCUUAAAUUAUUAGAAAAGGGAAAAUAUCAUACUAUAUUAUGCAUUUUAAACUGUGUGGUGAAUCUGCGAGCCAUACCAACAGAUAUAGAAGAGCUGGUUCUUAAUCGUGCUGUUGAAGCAUUCACAAAGGUAAGCUGUGAUGCUAAAGAUGGACAGUAUGUUUACAGCACUCUAAAGAAUGUUUUCAAAGGGAUACUGGAACACCAAAGACAAUCAUUGAAAGAAGGAAAGGAAAAGCUCUUAUGAUAUUUACACUGCGAAUCUGUACUUUUCUGCAGCCCUUUAAAGCUAUUAUUUGUUUAUUAGUUACUUUGUAUCCCUUGGUUUGUGUUAACUACCACUUCUGUUUAUGUUUUUAAAAUAACUGCAGGUUGACCUGCUGGCAGAAUAGUGCUGGAUCCAACCUGUUUUCCAUAUUUAUUGCCAUAAAUACAGUGCCAUGUUAAUGCAAUGGUUCAUACAGUUGAAUGUCUUUAUUUUAACACUCUUACUAUAUGUUAUGAUGAUAACAUCUAUAGUACAUCUUUUGUGACAAAUAAACAUUGGUGUUUGUCUCUUUCUUGGGAAUAAUAAAAGGACUUGUUGCACUGUCCAAAGUUGUAAGGGAAGCACAACUUAUAACACAGACAUGGGGAGUCACCUUGUUGGGUAAUUCAGUUUUGAUAUUAAAAAUGUAAAAUUAAAAUUUAUUGCAAAAAAUCUGAUGUAAGAUUUGUAUCUGAGAUAAAAAUAAAAAA